AAUCUUUUCAAAUAACUAAUACCAACCUGCCCCAUAAGGCCAUAAAUAACCAUCUGUUUUUCUUAAAAUAUAACAAAAGCCCUGCAACAAUUCUACUCAAAUCAUUCAUCAAUGGCGACUUCAUCUUUCAUCUCUUCACUGCCCUCAUUUCACAUCUCAAUCUCCAAGAAAAAGAAAGUUUCAACAAAGAUCAUGGCAGUUAUGACACCACAAACAUCUAACCGUAAACCAUCAACCACUGGUUCAGUGAAAAGUGGGAUGACAAUGACAGAGAAGAUCUUUGCUAGAGCAUCCGAAAGAACCCAGUUGAGCCCUGGUGAGAAUGUUUGGGUUAACGUUGACAUGUUGAUGACCCAUGAUGUUUGUGGCCCAGGCGCGAUAGGGGUUUUCAAGAAAGAGUUUGGAGACGAUGCAAAGGUAUGGGACCGUGAAAAGGUUGUCCUCAUACCCGACCAUUAUAUAUUCACAAGUGAUGAAAGAGCAAACCGGAAUGUUGCUAUCUUAAGGGACUUCGCCAACGAGCAAAACAUCAAAUACUUCUAUGAUAUAACCGACCGUGGUGAUUUCAAGGCUAAUCCUGAUUAUAAAGGUGUAUGCCAUAUUGCUCUUGCACAAGAAGGCCAUUGUAGACCUGGAGAGAUCCUAGUAGGUACUGAUUCUCACACGUGUACAGCUGGAGCAUUCGGCCAGUUUGCUACAGGGAUCGGAAAUACAGAUGCUGGUUUUGUGUUAGGGACUGGAAAACUUUUGCUCAAGGUGCCUCCAACUUUAAGAUUUGUACUGGAUGGAGAAAUGCCAGAUUAUCUCCUUGCAAAGGAUUUGAUUCUGCAAAUAAUCGGUGAAAUAUCAGUAUCCGGUGCAACCUAUAAAGCAAUGGAGUUUGUUGGUACAACUAUUGAAAAUCUAUCUAUGGAAGAAAGAAUGACAUUAUGCAAUAUGGUUGUUGAGGCCGGGGGUAAGAAUGGUAUUGUUCCAGCCGAUGCUACUACGUUUAAAUACCUCGAGGACAAAACUUCACUGUCAUAUGAACCGGUCUACAGUGAUGCUCAAGCAGGAUAUUUGGCCGAGUACAGAAUUGAUGUCACGAAACUGGAACCACUUGUGGCAAAGCCUCAUUCUCCCGAUAAUCGUGGUUUAGCAAGGGAAUGCAAAGACGUUAAACUAGACCGAGUAUACAUCGGAUCGUGCACUGGAGGCAAAACCGAGGAUUUUGUAGCUGCUGCUAAACUUCUGCUAGCUUCUGGUGAUAAGGUCAAAGUUCCUACUUUCAUUGUCCCGGCUACUCAAAAGGUGUGGAUGGACUUGUAUACACUACCAGUGCCAGGAUCGGGUGGCAAAACGUGCUCGCAAAUAUUUGAACAAGCGGGGUGUGAUUCACCUAGGAGUCCUAGUUGUGGCGCUUGUGUGGGCGGUCCACUCGAUACUUAUGCGCGCAUGAAUGAACCUCAGAUUUGUUUGUCAACUACUAACCGAAACUUUCCGGGUCGAAUGGGACACAAAGAAGGUCAAAUAUAUCUGGCUUCACCUUAUACUGCUGCAGCUUCGGCUUUGACCGGUUUUGUUACUGAUCCAAGAGAGUUUUUGCAUUGAGGUUAAAUUAGUGAUAAUAUCAUAAUAUGGUAAUUGUUCAUGAAAUAAGAAUGGCUCCCUGCAAUAAGAUCACUAGCCAAUGGUCCGGGUGUUGUAUGUAACAUUAUUGUUAUUGUAACGUAAACAACUGGUUUUUUUGUACGUGACAUUAUAUUAGUGUAACAUUCAUUACAAAAAAAAAA